AUGACUUCGCACGAUGUCCACGACGUGCUUAACUUACCACUCAACAAUACUGGCCCGCGACCAGCCAAGAAACCAAAAAACACCGUCCAGCGACCAAGUUUGAAGGGCCUGGCGAGGGAGGUCCAGAGUUUGGGGGGUGACAAUCCUAUCGCUAUUGUCCCCGAAAUUUCCAACUUCAAGAGGCGUCGGUUUGGCAGUAGGAAGCCAGCCGCACGGUGGGAGUGGCGGACAUUCUACAACUCGGCGCGGUACGAUCAGUCGCUGAGUCUGCGGCAUUGGAGGCGGCAGACGGAAGAGCAGUCGACAGCUCGGGAAAGGCAAGAUACAGCGACUGGGACCAUCGUGAAUAAUAAGCAGAAACAGCUGGACGAUUCCGGGUUUGCCAAGUUCAACGUGCAGGUCGAUAUUCCUCAGUAUAGCGAUGACCAAUACUACUCAAACUUGACAAGUCGCGAAUGGACGAAGGAUGAAACCGACUACCUAUUUGACCUCGCUCGGGACUUUGAUCUUCGAUGGCCGCUGAUAUGGGACCGAUAUGAAUAUGAGCCUAAGCUACCCGACAACCUGGCGAAUGGAGACAGAUCAAGUGGCACGGAACCUAAUACCGCUAUGGUGUCGGCAUCAAAGGUCCGGACUAUGGAAGACCUUAAGGCGCGCUAUUACGAGGUGGCAGCUAAGAUGAUGGCGGUUCAAAAACCCGUUCAAUAUAUGACCCAAGCCGAAUUUGCCUUGCAUGAAGUUAUGGCCAACUUCAACCCAAUCUCCGAGGCACAUCGCAAAAAGUUCGCAGCAGACGCCUUGACGCGAUCGAGAGAUGAGGCUCACGAGGAGGAGUUGCUGCUUGUCGAAGUUCGGCGCAUCGUUGCCCGACAGGAGAAAUUUAACCAGGAGCGCCGCGAGCUCUACAACCGCCUCGAAUAUCCCCACACCGAGCAGGAUAUCAACGCUUUCAAAUCUAGUGCCGGCCUCCAGACCCUGCUUCAAAACCUAAUGAACGUCGACAAGUCUAAGAAGCGGAAAUCCCUCUUGGAAGCCAACGGGAGCAACACCCCGACGUCCGCCCAUCCUUCGAACAAUCUCUCAGGCCACGGAAACCCUACGCCCACCACAGAAACCCGCAGGGAGAGCAUUGCUGCUUCCUCCACAGGGCACCGUGACUCGAUGGGAGGAACUGACCGACCAGAACGGCCGGCUAAGAAAGGUGCUCAACCCGAACGGAGGAAGCUUGGCGAGCAGGAAGAGAGGUUAUACGGUGUAUCGCACCAUGAUCGUCUACCUUCGGGGCCGACCUUCCGUUACGAACGAAUCAACAAGAUUCUCACCACGAAAAGUCAUGCUCAACACCAACGUAUCACGAACACCCUCGCCGAACUAGAUAUCCCGAGCAGACUCAACAUGCCCACGAGAGCAGUAGUAGAGGAGAUGGAGAGGCUUCUCAAUUCCAUCGGUAUCCUCCUUGACAUGCGUAAGAUGAAUGACAAGAUCGACGCCGAAAUCAGAUUGGAGAAAGCUAAGAAGGUAGAGCGAGAGAAGGCCCUCGCACCCGCACAACUCGAGGCCGCGGUUAAGACAAGCGAUGUAGAAGCAGUUAACGAUGGCCAGGCGAAGGUCAGAAGUGUUGUCAAUGAGGACGUUAGUAGCGCAGACAGGGACUCCCUGUAUACCGCCCCUGCCGUGGCUGUGAAGCCCAACGGUGACGCGGCCUCCUUUACGAACAACAUGACCGACUACCAAGCAGAAGGCAAGAGCACACUGGCAGCAGACAGUGUCGAGACCGCUACUGGGCCGGUUAGACAGGGCCCUGCAGAGGAUCAUAGGGGCGGGCAACUAGGGGGCGGUGGACACAAGAGGAGCGCCAGCGAGCUGAGCAGUGCUAGUGAUAGAGGCAUGAAAAGGCAGAAGAAAUAGAAGGACAGAUAUAUGCUUUUUGUUCUAGCUAACAGUGAUUGUCUGUGGUGUGGGCAAAAUAACGGGUGACAUGGAAUCAGGGAGGAACUAACACAAUAGAACUGUUUUCUUCAUCAAGAACGAGGAGUAGGUGUGGCUGUGGGAAUGGGAAAUAGCUUUGGGUCGGGUAGAGAGGAAAGGAGACGAAUCUGAUGCCACUACUUACUGGUGAUCGGUGGAUAAUUAUACUUGGUAUACACCCCUUUUGGUUGGUACCGCUCCUUUUCAUACGACUUUCUCUUACAAGUAACGAUGCCACUCAUUGAGACACGAUUGACUUCCAGACAUUCUCCUCGCUCACCUCUUCUGUUCCUAUGUGUUGACUUCCUUUUACCUGUUACCUGAAACCUGUCACCUACCUGAGUAUUUAACCACAUUAUGAGAAGCUGUGCUAUAAUAGCUACCCCCCUCGCUCUUAAUCAUCCUGCACGCCGAUUACUCGGUCUUAUGUAUGAUAUCGCUGCAUCGCAUCUGCCUUGUGUACAUACAACUAAGCCAGCCGCCACUUCAGUACUCCCCCCUACCAUGUACGGAUGGAGGUGAAACCCGUCUCUCUCCCUGCUCCAAAAGUCUGUCCCAGGCCACAGUCACUGCUGGUAGGCAUGUAUGGAGCCUGUGUUUGCCCACCUUGCCUCGCUAGCUGUUACAGCCAAACCAAGGGUAGAGAUAUGCUAAAGUUGAAAUCCGCCUUAUAA